UGCACGAAAUUUUGUCCCAAUCACUUAUUUAUAUUUUGAUGUGACGUUUUAUCAUCAAAGUGAUGAAGUGAUAAGAGGACAAAAAACAGAGAAAGGAAUUAAAAUAAUUAGUAAUCAGAAUAUUAAAAGAAAAUGAAAGAGGAAUUUGGAACUCUGGCAAUUUCAAUGGAUAAUCACCAUAUUUUUUUUAACGAAGCGGCUAUAAACAAUAGGGCGAAAGGAUUUAUAUUUCAGGCUACAACAUUGGAAGGUAAUAAUAGAAUUGCUUGGUUGUUGAAAGCCAUCACUUUUAUUGAUUUAACAACAUUGGGAGGCGACGACACAGAAACUAACGUUAAAGCUCUUUGUUAUAAGGCAGUAAAUCCAAUUUCUCUGGCUUUUGAUUUUGAGAAAAUUCGCACAGCAGCGGUUUGUGUUUAUCCAGCAAGAGUUGAAGAUGCAGUUUCUGCUUUAGCAGAAUUUAAUGGCCAAGAUGUCGAGGUGGCUAGUGGUAAUAAAUUGUAAUUUUUAUAUUUUAAUA